AAAUAAGGUUACUUCCAGAAAUAUGAAAAUCUUUAACCAACAACUAUCUUUUAUGAUUAUGUAAUUUAAUGGAAGGAAGAAGACGUAGAGAGAGAACAUCAAUCCAUACAAAUACAAAGCUUCUUAUAAAUCAAAAGCAUUAAUGGGGAUGGAGAUUUUCAGGCCAUGUGUACAAGAAGAGAACAUGGAUAUUCCCUUAAUUCCACCUGGUUUUGAGUCAUUUACUACUGUUGUAAAACCAAAAAGUUUGCAGGGCAAAGAAAAGACUAUCGAAUCUGUAAAUGUUUUUGAAUCUCAAUCUGUCCAAAGUAGCACCGAACUCCACUUGGCCAGCACGAGGACUCUUAGGCAUAGACCUUCCGUAAACUAUAAUAAAUUUGAUGGCUACUUAGAAGAUGAAGUUGGUUUGAAGCAAAAUUUUCCUUAUACUACUUUACUUCCUAAAGGAGUUAUUCGAGGGUGUUUAGAUUGCACAAAUUGCCAAAAGGUUACUGCACGAUGGCAUCCAGACGAGGCUCGCAGGCCUGAUCUCGACGAGGUUCCUGUAUUUUACCCCAGUGAAGAGGAGUUUCAAGAUACUCUAAACUAUAUAGCAAGUAUACGUCCUAGAGCAGAACAAUAUGGAAUUUGUCGCAUUGUUCCUCCUCCUUCAUGGAAGCCUCCUUGUCCUCUUAAGGAAAAAAACAAAUGGGAUGAAUCUAAGUUUCUUACGCGCAUCCAGAGGAUAGACAAACUUCAAAACCGAGAGCCAUUGAAAAAGACUGUGAAGAAUAGCAAUAAAAGGAGGAAAAGAAGAAGGUGUGUGAAAAUGGGGGUAGAAGGCGGUUCUAGUGCAGAUGAUGGUUCUUGUGAAACUGAAUUAAUAGACGAGGCACCAAUAUUUGGAUUUGAAUCAGGCCCUGAGUUCACAAUAGGCACAUUUCAGAAAUAUGCAGAUGAUUUUAAAGGUCAAUACUUCAGAAAAAACAAUAGCGAUGUUGAUCAACCUGGUGGUGAUCACUUUAAGGUCAAAGAGCAGUAUGGGCCUUCAGUGAGUGAUAUUGAGGGGGAGUAUUGGCGAAUUCUCGAGAAGCCUACAGAAGAAAUCGAGGUGCUCUAUGGUGCUGAUAUAGACACGGAGGUCUUUGGCAGUGGAUUCCCAAAAUUAUCUGACAAGGGAGAUUCUAACCCAUAUGUGACAUCGGGAUGGAAUCUAAAUAACUUUCCUAGGCUUCCCGGUUCUGUACUCUCUUAUGAAAGCAGCAACAUAUCUGGUGUUCUUGUGCCAUGGCUGUAUGUAGGAAUGUGUUUUUCGUCAUUUUGUUGGCAUGUCGAAGAUCAUCACUUAUACUCUCUGAAUUACAUGCAUUGGGGUGCUUCAAAAUUGUGGUAUGGUGUACCUGAACAAGAUGCUAUUAAGUUUGAGAGGGCUAUGAAAAAGCAUCUUCCUCAACUGUUUCAAGAACAGCCUGACUUGCUUCAUAAGCUGAUUACACAGAUUUCACCAGCAAUACUUAAAUCUGAGGGAGUGUCUGUCUAUCGAUGUGUACAAAAUGCAGGGGAAUUUGUUAUCACAUUCCCUAGAGCAUAUCAUUCUGGAUUCAACUGUGGAUUCAACUGUGCAGAAGCAGUAAACGUUGCUCCGGUUGAUUGGUUACUACAUGGGAAGAAUGCGGUUGAGCUCUACCGUGAGCAAGGCCGCAAAACUUCAGUUUCUCAUGAUAAAUUGUUGCUUGGCGCAGCGAGAGAAGCUGUCAAAGCGCAGUGGGAACUCAAUUUAUUGAGGAAAAAUACUUCUGAGAAUUUAAGAUGGAAGAGCUUUUGUGGGAAGAAUGGGAUCCUCACUAAGGCAUUAAAGGAUCGUAUUGAAGAAGAGCAGGUUAGGAGGGGGUUUCUUUGCAGUUCUUCCCGUGUGAUGAAGAUGGAGAGUGAUUUUGAUUCAACCAUUGAGAGAGAAUGUUCCAUUUGCCUGUUUGACUUGCAUCUCUCGGCUGCAGGCUGUUCCUGUUCACCUGAUAAGUAUGCAUGCCUGAGCCAUGCAUAUCAGUUGUGUUCAUGCUCUCAGGAUAUGAAAAAUUUCCUUGUCCGUUAUGACAUCAAUGAACUCAACAUUUUGGUGGAAGCAUUGGGAGGAAAACUAAGCGCUAUAUACAGGUGGGCAAGGCUAGAUUUUGGAGUGUCCCUUACUUCCCAUAUUUCAAGUGGAGAUUCACAAACCCCAGCCCCAGUUGAUACAAAAACUAAUGAAAAGGUUGGGGAAACUAUACAGAAUGAUAAACUUUCACAAAGAUCGUCAUCAUCAUCAUCUCUUUUGUUCAAAAUCAAGGUGGGAAAUACCGUCUCAUCUAUUAAGGAAGAGAAAAUAUCCCAUUCGAGUAAUCAAGUUUCACUGGAAGAAGUGUUGAACGGCGAUCAUUCGGUUAAAAGGAAAUCCAAAUUGCAGACACCUACGUUUCCAGUAAUUGGUGAUAUUAUACUCCUUAGUGACGAUGAUGGUGAUGAGCCAAAUGACCAACAUGUUGAAGACAGUGAAACCCUUCCUGGUUCUAUGAAUGUCUUAAUUCCAAGUGAUUGUGGUAAAGAACAAACAUUUACAGCCCCUUCGACUAGUUGUACAGUAAAUGGUAAUAUUUCUUGUAAUUCCACAGAGAGUCAAGCUCAGAGUCAAUUACCAGAACCUUUUUGUGCUGAAGUAUCAUCCAGUGUAACAAAUGGAGGCAAUUGUAUUGGUAAUGAACUACUUAGAUAUGAAGACAGUGGUAGUAGUGUAAUAGGAUCAAAUUCCAACUCUAGGAUGAUGAUAGACAUCAAGCCGACAGCUGCAAAUUUAAACCAGCAAAUCAUUCAAAGUAAUAUUGACAGAUGUUCUAGGCCGAAGGGUCUACGAAUUGCCAAGGUUAUGCGAAGAAUCAACUGCAAUGUUGAAAUUAUGGAAUAUGGCAUUGUGCAAUCUGGGAUGCUAUGGAGUGACAGUAGGGCUAUCUUCCCAAAGGGGUAUAGGAGUCGAGUAAAGUAUACAAGUGUUUUAGACCCGACAAAUACAUGCUACUAUGUUUCAGAAAUUCUGGACAAUGGACGCGGGUCACCACUUUUUAUGGUUUCAUUGGAGGAGAACCCCAACGAGGUAUUUGUUCAUGUUUCUGCUACUAAAUGCUGGGAAAUGGUUAGAGACAGAGCAAAUCAAGAGAUUUUGAAGCAACAUAAGUUGGGAAGAAAUAACCUUCCUCCAUUACAGCCCAGGAGUCUUGAUGGGAUUGAAAUGUUUGGAUUUACAUCCCCAACAAUCAUGCAGGUUAUGCAGGCAAAGGAUAAGAAUCGUGUUUCCACAGAAUAUUGGAGAUCACGUCCUCUACUGCAAAUCCCACAAGAUAUGCAACAUGAGGCGAAUGACUCGAAGAAAACAAAUGUCGAGGACGAGGCUAUGCCUAUAGCAUCGCAUGCAGUACUAAAUGGCCUAUUGAAGAAGGCGGAUUUCAAAGAACUUCAGGUGUUAAACGAUGUCGUGAGUGAUUCUAGACCCACAGUGGAUCGAGAAGUUUUGACGAAGAUUAUUCAUGAAGAAAUUGAAAGGCGUUUGAGAUGAUGGGCUUUUUUUAUAGUGUAGUAUCUCAGCCGUAAAAAGAAAAAAACAGCAGCAGUUUUACAUUCAUAGACUUGUAAAAUGUAGCUAAUGUCGCCUUUUUAGGUCACCAUUGCAGAACCAAUUUUGCCGGAACCAGGUCUUUUGAGUAAAAAGCAAUGGGAGUCUUGGGUGGCCAUACCAUUCAUUCUUUUGUCAUGUUUAUUCAUCUGAUGUAACAGAAACUAACAAAUAGGUUAUAUUUUGGAGAUCUCAAUACAAAAGUGGACUUGGACUGAGACAAUAGAUUGCCUGCAAAUUCAAAUAUCAAUUGCUACA